UUUCGGUUUAGAAGAGCAAAACAACGUUCCUUGACGCCGGCGAAGCCAUUCCGAGUCACCGAUAAAGCUCCGACGAUUUUCCGAUAACAAUGGCCGGAGCUAGUCAAACUGUUAGUUACUCUGAUGUUAAGUGCGAUGUCCCCGAACUCAAAGGGGACAACUUUAAGGUUUGGAAAGAAAGAGUUCUCCUUCAGCUGGGAUGGAUGGAUAUUGAUUAUGCCAUAAGGAAGCCUGAACCCCCUAAAAUCACUGAGAAAAGCACCCCUGAUCAGGUUGAUCUUUAUGAAAAGUGGGAGCGAUCUAAUCGCCUCUGCGUUAUGUUCAUAAAGACCAAAGUAUCUGCUGGGGUUAGGGGUUCAAUUGAGGAAUAUGACAAUGUUCGUCUCUUAAUGAAAGCAAUAGACGAUCAAUUUGUCACUUCAGAUAAGGCUUUGGCUAGUACUCUUAUCAUGCAGUUCUCAUCCGUGAAGCUCACUGGAAU